GGCUCUGAGGGAGACAUCCACAUCUGACGAUGCAUAACACCAUUUAGACUUUGUAACUGUCCAUGAAAAGACUUAAUMCUUUGGUUAAAACCCUACCAAAAUCAAACUUAGAUGGCUUGAAGAUACCCUUGGAAAGAUUUCACGAAGAAAUUGCGAUUAAUCAUGGCAUCAAGGGAUUUAACAAAAGCAACAAUGUCAAGAAGAUGCAUCAGUGAGCCGCCAUUGCUUGGGAGUCGUCCUUUUUCGACGAAUACCCAACGUACUGCGAUUUCAAGCACACAUUCGGUGGACGGAGUUAGAUCUCAGUCGCCAAAGCAAAAGUUGAACAUGUCUACAUUUUCAAGAGGUCGACCAGUGGUUCGUGCCAGCACGUUUCCUUUACUUCCGACGCUAAACACUCCAAAUAAACCACAAUCGCUUAGACCCAUCAAUGACAGCCACAACGACAAGCUACCUUCCUUCAARAAUAACGCUUUUUACAACCGAGAAAAAAUUCUGAGCCCACAYCAAAGAGGUCUCGAAGGACGUAAGUUUCAGCUUCGAAGCCGUUAUAUUGAAAUUAAGGAGCCGGCACCACCCAAACACCCGGCUCCAUCGCUUCGUAAUCCUUUAAGAAAGAGGGUUCAAGAGAUUGGAGGAUUUCAAGAGAUUGGAGGAUGCUUAGAAAUAGAGACAGAUAUUCGGAAUGAGGAUGUAGACGAUGGGUUCCACYUUAGCCCCUGCCAGACUAACCUUCGAAGGUUGUCGGUCAUUACAGAGAAAUCCGGCUUCUCAAAAACUUCAAAGACACUSCUCCUUGAUUUGGAAGAAGAAAACGACAUAUAUAAAUCUGCUCUUCCUUCUGUCAGCGUCGGGAAGGAGUUUAGAAGAGGAAAAGAUGAAAAUAACAAUUUCUGUGACAAAAACUCUAAAAARCUUCAAGAGCACUUGCAAAUAACCGGGAAACAGUUCGACCCUUUGGAAACUAAAGCGGCUCUUCUGUCUAACUGGUUUCAAUCUCUGCAAAGUGGGUGACUAUUUUCUGUUUAUUUAUUGUUUCAUUUUUAGCAUAUUACACUGAGGUGUUUUCAAGUAAAAGCGAGAUUCAUGAAAUACAAAACUGCCUAUAGCUACUGAUACGAGUGACUGAUUCAGCUCUUUACGCUGUAAGCACUAGAUGCAAACACACUGAAAACCGUGAAAAAGUACUAACCAAAUUGUUUAAACUGAACAGCGCAACAGUGUGGAUUAGACAAUAGAAAACAGAGGAAUACUCUUAGAGUUAGGUCACAAAAACCCGUGAAAUAGACAUUACACUAAUACACCUUAGUACGCUCAAAUUGUAUUGUUUUCUUUUAUGUCCAUUUGACAACACAUUAAUAGUCUAUUUUUGUUUCACGGGUUUAAUGAUUUUACUGUAGUGAACUARUUCACGGUUUUAGUGUUUGCAUAAACUUCUUGAUUCUUAGAAAUACUCCAGUUUCGAAAUCUUAUUUGUGSAGCCUUAACCUCGARAGCAUGUAAUAYAUUCUUUUAUUCAGCAGAGAUCCUAUUGUAAUGCAAACACUCUGUGUACAAAGAAGACAAUAAAAAUUUAUGCUUGAUUGAAGCUAAGCUUGUACAUAAGAGAAUUCGRUAGUUGGAGUAUUUGUCAAUCAUCAGCCGAUUAGAAAAAAGACAAUGAGUGAAUUUUGAUUUGAAAAUAUUUUUAAACUCACAAAGAAAAUCUAAAGAGACUGGUAAUAAUUAUUCAAAGGAUGAGCAUUAGCUAAGCAGUUCUGUUUCAGUUUACGUGACAAGUCUGAUCUUUAUCAACUGAAAAUCCAAGGGCACUCAUCAGGAAGAAAKAGGAUAUGUUCAGGGGCGUAUUUAGAUGGGGUCAUAGGGUGCUCGUCAGCCUUAUCGAGAAAACCAAAUACGGAAAAAAAUCAAAUUAAAUGUUUUUUUUUUCUUCAUAUAUUUAGCUUUUGUGGGAAUUCUAUAAGCAAUAUAUCAUAUGACUCGCGUCCGACCUUCGUAGGCUUUAAAACUGCUUGCUUGCAUCUCACAGUUUUAAAUGCCAAUAAAAAUCUCCCAUUCAUAUUUUAAAUAUUACAUAAAAAUUUGACUGUUCAUGAAAUUUGAAGAUUUCCUUAGUGAACUUAAUCAGUCCAGAAAAUUAGUCACCAAGUGUUAAAUUAUUCCCUUGCGUUUAAUCACCACCACCACCACCACCACCACCACCACCGCCAUCAUCAUCAUAAUCAUCAUCAUGAUCAUCAUCAUUUCCUCUUAUAUGGCUUGUAGAUAAUGCCCUUCGGGUGCUUAUGCGAGGUUAUCCAGUUUAUAAGCAGACUGGUAUGACGUCAUUGCAAGCAUUUUUGCACAUAAGGUCUCCCUAAUGACAUGACAAAUCCUGUAUACACCCUUCCGCACCACCUACAUUGUACAUAGAAUGGUAGCUAGCAAAAUUAUAUUUACAUUCAAAAUGGAAAAUUAUUCAGCCGAGCGCGUGUCAAAUACAUUUUUACAGGUGUGAUAUAUUAAAUAAAGUAUACAGUAUU